AUGAGGAGCGCGGGUGCGGCGGCCACCGUGACGCGCCUGGCGCAGCGGGUGGUGGCCCCGUCGGCGCCCACGCCCCGGGGCCAGCUCCCGCUGUCCUGGCUCGACCGCUACCCGACCCAGCGCGCGCUCAUCGAGUCCCUCCACGUCUUCAAGGGCCGAGCUGACCCGGACGCGGAGGCGGAGGCGCCCGCCAGGGCCAUUGAGCGCGCGCUGGCCGCCGCGCUGGCCGCGGCCAGCUGCACCCUGGAGGACGUGGACUACCUCGAGUACCCGCUCAUGGUGCCCAAGGACGAGCUCCUUCCGCACCCCAGCUAUCCCCCGAAUCUGACCCCCCCUGAGGACUCGCUCAUCCUCCUUGUCCAGGUGACGCAGUUCGCGUGCGGCGGCUUCGUGGUCGGGUUCCGGUUCAGCCACGCGGUGGCGGACGGGCCCGGCGCGGCGCAGUUCAUGACCGCCGUCGGUGACAUGGCGCGUGGGCACGCGGCGCCGCUGGUGGCCCCGGCCUGGGGCCGCGAGGCGAUCCCGAACCCUCCCUGCGCGGCGGUGGGCCCGCUCCCGGUGCCGACGGAGCUCCGGCUGCAGUACCUCGCCAUGGACAUCUCGACGGACUACAUCGAGCACUUCAAGGCCCGGUUCCUGGAGCAGACGGGCGGCCAGCGGUGCAGCGCGUUUGAGGUGCUCAUCGCCAAGGCGUGGCAGUCCCGCACCCGCGCGGCGGGCUUCGCUCCCGGCUCCUCCGUGCACGUGUGCUUCGCCAUGAACGCGCGCCCGGCGCUGCAGGGGCGCCGCUCGCUCCCGGGCGGGUUCUACGGCAACUGCUACUACAUCAUGCGCGUGUCGGCGCCGGCCGAGGCCGUGUCGGACGCGUCCGUGUACGACGUGGUGCGGCUCAUCCGCGAGGGCAAGAAGCGGCUGCCCGCCGAGUUCGCGCGGUGGAGCGCGGGGGACACCGGCGCCGGCGGGGUCGAUCCCUACCGGAUCACGUCGGACUACCGGACGCUGCUGGUGUCGGACUGGUCGCGCCUGGGGUUCGCGGAGGUGGACUACGGGUGGGGCUGCCCCGUGCACGUCGUCCCGCUCACCAACCUGGACUACAUCGCGACGUGCAUCCUGGUCCGGCCCUCCGCGCACAAGCCCGGCGCGCGGCUCAUCACGCAGUGCGUCGCCGCCGACGCCGUCGACGCCUUCCACAAGGACAUGAUGCGCCUCGACUGA